AUGCACCUGCGUUUUUCAAAUAUGGGCAAGAAUCGACACAGCAAGGAUCGGCUGUUCAUCACGCAGACUGAGCACAAAUAUCUGUACGGUGGUAAAAAACAAGAGAUACGGCAAGCAUACAAGCGUCUGCCAUUUAACUGUUGCGCAAUCACUCUUUGCCCUUUCACGAACGCAGUAUGCACUCGUGAUGGUCACUUGUUUGACCUGGAGGCUGUCGUUUUAUAUGUCAAAAAGCAUCAGAGUAACCCUGUGACGGGCAAACCAAUGUUGCUUAAGGAACUCAUCCAAUUGCAUUUUAGCAAAAAUUCACAGGGAGAGUAUUUUUGCCCCGUCACUUACAAAGUCUUUACUGACAAUACCAAGAUUGCUGCUAUUGCCCCAACCGGCAAUGUUUUCUGCUAUGAAGCCGUUGAAGAGCUUAACAUCAAAGCGAAAAAUUGGACGGAUCUUCUUGAUGGAACCAAAUUUCAGCGUAAAGAUAUUAUUAUUUUACAAGAUCCUCAAGACUACUCCAACCGAGAAAUUGAGAAUUUUGAGCAUUUCCGGCGCUCGAAUGCGACCGAGAAUAGUGGCUUUGUAUCGACCGCAAUCAGAAAUAUCCGCACCAAUGCUGCAACAGAUCGUAUUUUUGAGGAAUUGGAAGCAAGGAAAGCUGAGCAGCAAGUGCUUGCGAGCAAAACGAAGCAAGAAUGUGCUGGUGUGAAUGAGAAGGAUAAAAUUGUGGCUUCUUUGCCCCAAUAUGAUACAAUAACAAGUCAGAUGACAAAAUCACAGAGUUUGCGCUAUUCGCAAUUCACUGCUGGCAAAUGCUCAAGCUCUUUUACUUCCAGUGUGAGAGCACCUGUAACGGAAAAUGCGUUGGCGCUAGCCUCGGAACAGGAGUUGCUCGAACUGAGGUGGCAAUCGGUUCGGAAGCUCAAGAAAAAAGGUCUCGUGCGGCUUGAAACAACUCUAGGCAACAUAAGCUUGGAAGUUGAUUGCGAUUUUGUCCCGCAAACGGCUGACAACUUCAUGAGUUUGUGUCAAAGCAAGUAUUACGACGGCGUCUUGUUUCAUAGAAUAAUAAAGGGUUUUAUGAUGCAAGGAGGAGAUCCAACUGGCACAGGCCGGGGUGGCGAAUCCGUUUGGAAAAAACCGUUUCGCGACGAAAUUGACAACCGAUUGUCUCACGAUUCAAGAGGUGUGCUGAGUAUGGCAAACUCCGGACCUGGGACUAAUAAUUCGCAAUUUUUUAUCACUUUUAAAGCAUGUCCACACCUAGACAAGAAACACGCCGUUUUUGGUCGGGUAGUAGGAGGAAUGGAUGUACUAGAUGCCGCUGAGCACGUAGAAACUGGAAUUGAAGACCGUCCAAUCGAGAAUGUGGUCAUCCAGAAAGUUCAGGUGUUUGCCAACCCGUUUCAUGACUACGAAGAAGCUCUUGCGCAAGGUCUAGAUGUCGUGCAGGUUGCUAAUGAAAAGGCGGCUCGAGAGGCAAAACCACUGCUGCCUUGA